AUGCUGAUGGUUUCCUUGAUUUUCUCUUCAGGAGUCCGAGCUGAAGGGAAACACAAUUCAGCAGAGUUUGAUGAUGUCAGGCUGGUGGGAGGAGCCAGUCGCUGUGCAGGAACACUGGAGGUGAAACAUCUGAAAGAAUGGAGACCAGUGGACUUCUCUGACUGGACCCUGAAGGCAGCAGCUGUUGUCUGUGAACAUCUGGAUUGUGGCUCUGCUGUUAGUUUCAGACAGAGAAGGCAGCGACCCAGAUCUGUGUGGAAGAUUAAACCAGACUGUGUUCAGUCUGGAUCUGCUCUGAUGGAGUGUGCAACAUCAGAUUAUUCUUCUAGAAUCCUGGAUCUCACCUGUUCAGACUCUGUCAGGCUGCUGAAUGGUUCCAGUCUGUGUUCAGGCAGACUGGAGGUGAAGUCUAACCAGAGCUGGUCCUCAGUGUGUGAAGCUGACUUUGACCAGCAGGAUGCAGACGUGGUCUGUAGGGAGCUUGGCUGUGGGCCUCCUUCGGUCCUCCAGGGGGCGCUGUAUGGAGAAGUGGAGGCUCCGGUGUGGAGCAGAGAGUUCCAGUGUGGAGGCCAUGAGUCUGCUCUCCUGGACUGUAGAAGCUCAGGCUCAGCUAGAAGCAGCUGCUCACCUGGCAAAGCUGUUGGACUCACCUGCUCAGAGGUUGAUCAUGUCAGGUUGGUGGGAGGAGCCAGUCAUUGUACAGGUAAACUUGAGCUGAAACAUCUGGGAGAGUGGAGACCAGUGAAAGUCUCUGACUGGAGGUUGAAGACAGCAGCUGUUUUCUGUGCACAUCUGGAUUGUGGCUCAGCUGUUUUCACAGAAGAAAGUUUUGAGUCUCCACUCAGACCUGUAUGGGAAAUCACAGCUGAGUGUGUUCAGAGUCGAUCUUCUCUAAAGGAGUGUGUAACAUCAAAGGAAUCACGUUUUGUCACAAUGCUUAACUGUUCAGACUCUGUCAGGCUGCUGAAUGGUUCCAGUCUGUGUUCAGGCAGACUGGAGGUGAAGUCUGACCAGAGCUGGUCCUCAGUGUGUGAAGCUGACUUUGACCAGCAGGAUGCAGAGGUGGUCUGUAGGGAGCUUGGCUGUGGGCCUCCUUCGGUCCUCCAGGGGGCGCUCUAUGGAGAAGUGGAGGCUCCGGUGUGGAGCAGAGAGUUCCAGUGUGGAAGCCAUGAGUCUGCUCUCCUGGACUGUAGAAGCUCAGGCUCAGCUAGAAGCAGCUGCUCACCUGGCAAAGCUGUUGGACUCACCUGCUCAGAUCCUGAGGUUAUCAGGUUGGUGGGAGGAGCCAAUCGCUGCGAUGGAAUACUGGAGAUGAAACAUGUAGGAGAGUGGAGACAAGUCGAUUACUAUGACGAGACGCUGAAGAGAGCAGCUGUUUACUGUGAAUAUCUGGACUGUGGUUCUGUGACCUCUGUACAAAAGAGACAUUACUCCAGUUACAAACCUUCGUGGAAGCUCAGUAACAACUGUGCUCAGUCUAGAUCUGAUCUGAGGGAGUGUGUAACAUCAGGAAUCUUUUACAAUUUCCUGCAUCUUACCUGUUCAGACUCUGUCAGGCUGCUGAAUGGUUCCAGUCUGUGUUCAGGCAGACUGGAGGUGAAGUCUAACCAGAGCUGGUCCUCAGUGUGUGAAGCUGACUUUGACCAGCAGGAUGCAGAGGUGGUCUGUAGGGAGCUUGGCUGUGGGCCUCCUUCGGUCCUCCAGGGGGCGCUCUAUGGAGAAGUGGAGGCUCCGAUGUGGAGCAGAGAGUUCCAGUGUGGAGGCCAUGAGUCUGCUCUCCUGGACUGUAGAAGCUCAGGCUCAGCUAGAAGCAGGUGCUCACCUGGCAAAGCUGUUGGACUCACCUGCUCAGAACCUGUUAGGUUGGUGGAAGGAGCCAGCCGCUGUGAUGGAACACUGGAGAUGAAACAUGCAGGAGAGUGGAGACCGGUCAGUGUCUAUGACGAGACCCUGAAGAGAGCAGCUGUUUACUGUGAAUAUCUGGACUGUGGCUCUGUGGUUUCUUACAGACGAACAAAUCUGUCCUCAUACAGAUUUACAUGGUUUGUUCACCCUUUGUGUCUUCAGUCUGGAUCUGCACUGAGGGACUGUGUAGAGCCACGUCUGCUUGACUCUGUUCUGGAUCUCACCUGCUCAGACUCUGUCAGGCUGCUGAAUGGUUCCAGUCUGUGUUCAGGCAGACUGGAGGUGAAGUCUAACCAGAGCUGGUCCUCAGUGUGUGAAGCUGACUUUGACCAGCAGGAUGCAGAGGUGGUCUGUAGGGAGCUUGGCUGUGGGCCUCCUUCGGUCCUCCAGGGGGCGCUCUAUGGAGAAGUGGAGGCUCCGGUGUGGAGCAGAGGGUUCCAGUGUGGAGGCCAUGAGUCUGCUCUCCUGGACUGUAGAAGCUCAGGCUCAGCUAGAAGCAGCUGCUCACCUGGCAAAGCUGUUGGACUCACCUGCUCAGAGUUUGAUGAUGUCAGGUUGGUGGGAGGAGUCAGUCGCUGUGCAGGUAUACUGGAGGUGAAACAUCUGGAAGAAUGGAGACAAGUGGAUUUCUUUAACUGGACCCUGAAGGCAGCAGCUGUUGUCUGUGCACAUCUGCACUGUGGCUCUGCUCUUACUUAUAAAUGGAGAGUACAGAACGACACAUCUGUGUGGAAGAUUAAACCAGAUUGUGUUGAGUCUGGAUCUAGUCUGAUGGAGUGUGCAACAUCAGAUUAUUCUACUGUACUCCUGCAUCUCACCUGUUCAGACUCUGUCAGGCUGCUGAAUGGUUCCAGUCUGUGUUCAGGCAGACUGGAGGUGAAGUCUAACCAGAGCUGGUCCUCAGUGUGUGAAGCUGACUUUGACCAGCAGGAUGCAGACGUGGUUUGUAGGGAGCUUGGCUGUGGGCCUCCUUCGGUCCUCCAGGGGGCGCUCUAUGGAGACGUGGAGGCUCCGGUGUGGAGCAGAGAGUUCCAGUGUGGAGGCCAUGAGUCUGCUCUCCUGGACUGUAGAAGCUCAGGCUCAGCUAGAAGCAGCUGCUCACCUGGCAAAGCUGUUGGACUCACCUGCUCAGAGCCUGUCAGGUUGGUGGGAGGAGCCAGCCGCUGUGCAGGUACAUUAAAUGUAAAAUAUCAGGGAAGGUGGAAACCAGUGGAUGUCCCUGACUGGACCAUUAAGGAAGCAGCUGUUGUCUGUGAACAUCUGGAUUGUGGCUCUGCUGCUUCUGUAAGACGGAGCGAGUCCUUUAAUGGAGUGUGCAACACGGAGCCAAUCAUCCUCCAUGAUAAAUCUCCAGUGCACAGGCCUGCUUAG